CACAGUAGAACUAAGUAUUAUCUAGGUCAUCCCUGACAGGUCUUUGUCUAAACUGCUCUUAAAAAUCCAAUGGCAGGGAUUCUACAAGCUCCGUGGGUGAUUUAUUCCAGUGCUUAACUACAUUGACAGUUAGGAAGUUUUCCCCCUAUUGGAACGAUCCAAGGAUUAAAGCUGGUGCACAUGAAACCAAGCAGCUGAGGUUCCCUGAUGUCCAAGUGGCCCCCAAGGGAAUGUGCAGACAUGCUUCAUAAAGAGAGUUGCCACCCUGUCUGAACAGACACUGCCUGCUGCCUGUGCAACCUCUCCGAUGACUCCUUGUCCUUUAGGAUGAAGACCUCUGGCAGCUCCCCAUCUAGCAUUGGGUGUUCUGUGCAGAGGCAGAGGACUCAGCCGGGCUGUCGGGGUGACUCAGUGAAGGGGCUGGAGGGCAGGCAGCGCUAGGUAGCUUGGGAUCCUCUCCAUUACAUAUACCCAUGCUCCACGGAAGAAAAGUUCAAAACUCCUCAGACCUACCCAGUACAUCAUGUCAGCUGUCAAUGACACCAAAUUCACAUCUGCUGUGUUCCUUCUCACCGGGAUAUCUGAGCAGGAAGACGUCCAUCUCUGGAUCUCUAUCCCCUUCUGCUUAAUAUAUGUUAUUUCGAUAGUAGGAAAUUCAGUCAUUCUGUUCAUUAUAAAAACAGAUCCAAGCCUCCAUGAGCCCAUGUACAUUUUCCUUUCCAUGUUGGCCAUCUCAGACCUUGGCUUAUCGAUAGCCACCAUGCCGACGAUACUGGGCAUAUACUUGUUUAACUCUAGGGAAAUCAGCCUAGACUCAUGUUUUGCCCAGCUGUUCUUCAUCCAUUCUCUUUCAUUCAUUGAAUCCUCUGUGCUCUUGUUGAUGGCCUUUGACCGCUUCAUCGCAAUCUGUAACCCACUGAGAUAUGCUUCCAUCUUAACGCCAUCGAGAAUAGCUAAAAUGGGACUGGUGCUUCUGCUAAGAGGGGUGGCCUUAGCAUUCCCACUCCCCUUUCUCCUGAAACGGUUCCGAUACUGUCAAGCCAAUGUCCUCUCCCAUUCCUACUGCCUGCAUCAGGAGGUCAUGAAGAUGGCUUGUUCGGACAUCACAGUCAACAGCAUCUAUGGCUUGUUCAUAAUAGUCUCCACGGUGGGGUUGGACUCACUUCUCAUCCUGCUAUCUUACGUGAUGAUCCUCAAAACAGUGCUUAGCAUCACAUCCCACGCAGAGUGCCUCAGAGCCCUGAGCACCUGCAUCUCCCAUGUCUGUGCCGUCCUGGUCUUCUACAUGCCAGUGAUUGGCCUUUCUCUGAUACACAGAUUUGGAAAUAGCUCUUCUCACUUGCUUCAGAUUCUCCUGGGCUAUGUCUACCUGCUGGUCCCGCCCCUGAUGAACCCAAUCGUGUACAGCAUGAAAAGCAAACACCUUCGCGCGAGGAUAAUCAAGGUGUUCAUCAAGUAA